AUGUCGGCGCUCGAGUGGUACGCCCACAAGUCCCUGGGCGACGGCAUCUUCUGGAUUCAGGAACGCUUCUACGAGUCGGGCAACCGCGCCAACAUCUGGCUGGUGCGGGGCUCCGAGCAGGACGUGGUGAUCGACACCGGCCUGGGGCUGCGCAGCCUCCCCGAGUACCUGUACUCCUCCGGCCUCCUGCGGGACCGCGCGGCCAGAGAAGACGCGGCGUGCCGGCCGCUGCUGGCCGUGGCUACCCACGUGCACUUCGACCACUCGGGCGGCCUCUACCAGUUCGACCGGGUGGCGGUGCACCACGCCGAGGCCGAGGCGCUGGCCCGCGGGGACAACUUCGAGACCGUGACCUGGCUGUCCGACAGUGAGGUGGUGCGGGCGCCGAGCCCGGGCUGGAGGGCCAGGCAGUUCCGAGUGCAGGCGGUGCAGCCCACCCUUGUCCUGCAGGAUGGAGAUGUGAUCAACCUUGGUGACAGACAGCUCACUGUUAUGCACAUGCCUGGUCAUUCUAGGGGCAGUAUUUGCUUGCAUGACAAAGACCGAAAGAUUCUCUUCAGUGGAGACGUCGUGUAUGAUGGAUCACUAAUUGACUGGCUCCCAUACAGCAGGAUAAGUGACUAUGUUGGAACCUGUGAACGUCUGAUAGAAUUAGUGGACAGAGGUCUGGUAGAGAAAGUACUUCCUGGGCACUUCAAUACCUUUGGUGCUGAAAGGCUUUUUCGAUUGGCUUCUAACUAUAUUUCAAAAGCUGGGAUAUGCCAUAAAGUCUCUACUUUUGCCAUGCGAUCUCUUGCAAGUUUAGCCCUACGUGUAACAAAUUCUAGGACCUCACCCUAG